AUGUACAACGCGCAUCGUGGUGGGAUGGGGCCGACAUCCGCCAACAACAGCAACAAUCGUUUGUCAGAGUUGUUUGAUCAGAUCCGAAGGGAGUUCGAUGUCCAUGCACAGGACAGAGCUGGUGAACAUGAUCAAAAUAUGGCGGCUCAGAUGCAAGAGAUGGAGCUGGUUAGACAGAAGGUGUACGAAUUAGAGCGUAAUCAGAUGCAGAUCAAGCAAAGAUACGAUGAAGACAUUGCCCGUCUACGCCACGAGAUUGAAGCUCGUGGGGGGCCCCCUUCGCAUGUAGGCGUCAGUGGUUUACCGCCCCACGGUGGAGUGGCACAGCCUGCGCCUCCAGCAAUUGGUCACGGUCCAAGCAACUUGUUUGGUGGCAUCAUGGCAAACCCUCCGGGGCAGGGUAACCCUGGCUUGGUGCCACCCUCGCAGGAUCAGCAGCAGCAGCAAGGUCCACCUCCCCACCAGAUGCCUCAACCUCAGCAAGGAUUGCAGUCCGGUCCUUAUCAGGGAAACUAUCCUCAGCCGCCAGUAGUGAACGGUUACGGAUCGCAAGCGCAGAUUGCUUCCCCAGGUCCUGGCAAGCCACGCAACAACCGCGGGCCUUUGGGCCAUACGAAUACCCCGCAGCAGUCUCAACCUAUGUCUUAUUCGGGAGCUUCCCCUCAAAUGGGAAGACCAAGCCCUCCUCCGCCGUUCCACAACGUUGGCAACAUGCUUGCAGACCUGGAUCCUGAUCAAAUGAGGCCAGAACAGAAACGUGAUGGGAACGAUUGGUUCGCAAUCUUCAACCCCAAUGUGCGACGGGUGUUGGAUGUUGACCUCGUUCAUAAUCUUCUCCACGAGAGUGUUGUUUGCUGCGUACGUUUCAGCCGCGACGGAAGAUAUGUGGCCACUGGCUGCAAUCGCUCGGCGCAGAUCUUCGAAGUCUCGACUGGCAACCAGGUUACUAAACUACAGGACGAUUCAGUCGACAAGGACGGCGACCUGUAUAUUCGAAGCGUAUGCUUCAGUCCUGACGGAUUGUACCUCGCGACUGGUGCAGAGGACAAGCAGAUUAGAGUUUGGGAUAUUCAAAGUCGUACUAUCAAGACCACCUUUGCGGGCCAUGAGCAGGAUAUCUACUCUCUAGACUUCGCUAGCAACGGCAGACACAUCGCUUCUGGAAGUGGCGACCAUUCAGUCCGCGUUUGGGACAUGGAGUACAACCGCGAGUCUCUCAAUCUUAUGAUCGAAGAUGGCGUCACAACCGUAGCGAUCUCCCCUUCAGGCGACUAUGUCGCAGCGGGCUCCCUUGACAAGAGCGUUAGGGUCUGGGACGUACGCAAUGGCCACCUCAUUGCCAGACUCGAUGGUAUGGAUGGCCACAAAGAUAGUGUUUAUUCUGUUGCCUUUGGACCGGAUGGCGAAACCUUAGUUAGUGGCAGUCUGGACAAGACCAUCAAGAUGUGGCAACUCUCUCCUGACAAUAGAGGAGGCAUGAUGGGAGGUGGAAUGAUAAGAGGUGGGAGGUUGGUGAGGACCUUCGAAGGUCAUAAGGACUUCGUUCUCAGUGUGGCACUUACUCCAGAUGGCGAGUGGGUACUGAGUGGUUCGAAGGACCGUGGGGUCCAAUUUUGGAACCCACGCACUGGCGACACACAAUUGAUGCUUCAGGGCCACAAGAAUUCAGUCAUCUCCGUUGCUCCAAGUCCUCAGGGUGAGUUGUUUGCAACAGGUAGUGGAGAUAUGCGUGCUAGGAUUUGGAAAUAUGGAGCUUACCGGGGCACUUAG